GGAAUAGGAAAUCGUAGAUUUACACAUUAAAACAAAACGGCCAUUAGACCUGUUCGGACGCCCCGGAGAGGUUAAGCAGCACUUCGCUGUUAUUUCAAACCCUAAGUUUACAGUUGCAUUCCCAGACAUGGCCACUAGGUGUCUCGAUUUUGCGGGACGCUUUCUCCCGAGAGUUGCGCGCGUGUGUUUUGCUUUCCCAGACACAAGUUGUUGUUUCUUUGUAGUUCACUCGAGCGCGGGCUGCGCCGCUGUGGGAUUUAAAACCUCAGCAGAUCGUAGCCGCGGAGCAUCCCGCACUGAUGUGUGGAUUCACGCCAUCUCCGCUUCGGUGUGUUUUUACAGUGCACGCGGGAAAGGAGAGGGGGUCUUGAGGAGCAGCCUGCGUGGAUCUUUCCUUUCACUGCCAACGACUGUUAGUGGGCUUUUUUUAUCUUUAUUUAUUUUUUUAUUUUCAACAAUCCCGAAGAGCUUUUUUGUCUUUCUUCAUUAAUAACAAUCCAUAAAGCAAGAUUCUGCUCAGCCAUGUCAAUAGCCCUGAAGCAAGUCUUUAACAAGGACAAGACGUUCAGGCCCAAGCGCAAAUUUGAGCCUGGCACGCAGCGCUUUGAGUUGCACAAAAAGGCUCAGGCCUCAUUGAGCUCGGGGGUGGACCUGAAAGCAGCCGUGCAGCUCCCUCAAGGUGAAGAUCUCAACGACUGGGUGGCUGUGCACGUGGUGGACUUUUUUAACAGAAUUAACCUGAUCUAUGGCACUAUCUGUGAAUUUUGCACAGAGAAGACGUGUCCAAUCAUGUCUGGGGGUCCCAGGUAUGAGUACCGGUGGCAAGAUGACUGGAAAUACAAGAAGCCCACGGCUUUGCCUGCACCUCAGUACAUGACCCUACUUAUGGAGUGGAUUGAGGUUCAGAUCAACAAUGAAGACCUCUUCCCAACGUGUAUAGGUGUUCCUUUCCCAAAGAACUUCAUUCCAAUCUGCAAGAAGAUCCUGUGCCGCCUUUUUCGAGUUUUUGUUCACGUCUAUAUUCACCACUUUGACCGAAUGAUCUUAAUGGGUGCCGAGGCCCAUGUCAACACCUGCUACAAGCACUUUUAUUACUUUGGAACUGAAUUCAAUUUUCUAGACCGUAAGGAGCUGGAGCCAUUGAAAGAGAUGACAGCAAGAAUGUGUCACUGAUGAGCUGGCCCAAACGAAUGAUAAAACAUUUUAUUUUCUGGGAGAGACACAAGCAGUUGAAGAGAACAUUGAUAUGGCGUUUCUACCACUCUCAGUAUGAGAAGAAAUAAUGAGAUUCAGCAACUGUGCCAUGGUUCUACCGCUAGUAUCCAAUAUGGCAGCCCCAAGAGAUUUUUUUUUUUUAGCACACUAAAAAAGUCGGACAUUAAUCAACAAAGAAAACUGAGCCUUCGUGUGAAUUUUUACCACAAAGCUCACCGUACAAAUUUGUAUUAUGUCCUAUCUAAUGUAAUGACAUCUUGUACAAUCAGUCCAUCGGGAAAUAGAAAGAUUCAUCUGAUUUAUACCAAUAUCUUUCUAAACAGCACUAAACUUAUUAAUGUUUGCUAUUUAUUAAACAUGGAGACGCAGCCAUGAGUCUUGUGUGUGAUGAGCAUUAAUAAGUGGCAUGAUCACAUAACUUCAACUCACCAUUGGCUAAUCAGUUUUCCCAACAAGAAACAACACCAACUGUGGAACUUUGGCUUCUGCACAUUAUUUGUGAGCAGCAUUCUUGUCAUUAUGUUGAACUGGAAGUCUCUUGGAAAUAUUAGUCUAUAAAUAAAUACAAAAAAAAUAUGAAAAAGAGGAGAGUCCAGGUUGGAAAAGCCCUCUAUAAGGUCAAGUGUAGUGGGGUUGCUUACAUCUGGUCAAUAAAGAGUGGUGAGCUCUGGGUCCAUUUUAAAGAGCAUGUUAGCAGACAGAGUCAGGUUGGAGACUGCUGGAGUGUAAAGGAAAGAGGUAAAUCUGUCAUAUCCUUGGCAUCAGCUUGAAUCUGUGCAUAUCUUUGCUUUAGUUUAGUUCCUACAAACACAACCGGACUGCCACAUUCCCAAUAAGUAUUUAACAUUCUGUUCUUUAAGUUAAUACCGUAUAUCCCCAAAAAUAAGACCUACUCUAAAAAUAAGCCCUAGCACGAUUUUCAGGCUACUCUGUAAUAUAAGCCCUACCCCAAAAAUAAGCCCUAGUCAAGAUCGUCAGCUGAAAAGUAGGGCGCCUAAGACUGGGUUUAUACUUCAUGCGAUGCAAUGUGUGUGCCCGAAACUUCCAUCAAAUUCUGAGGACACCUUGCCAAAAUGGAUGUGUAAUGAUUACAUCCAUCAAUCCGGGGAUGCGCUCAUUGCUUGCUGGGAUUAAAUAAUUUUGUUAACACUUUCUAUCGGAGAGGAAAAAAAACACACACAGGCUGAAAAAUGUAACUUAAUUUUUCAAAUUUGGAGUUGCAUGGUUAAAUAGUAAUGUCUACAUUAUGGAGAAACCAAGGACUUCUGAUCAGCAGUUAAAGCUGGCCAGUUGUAAGUGUUAUCUGCCAGAUUGUGACAAUUUUAAGAGGUGAUCUGGGAUCAUCCAUUAAAAGCCUCCCAUGCACAAGAUCAAUGCAUGCGACUAAUUCUGUCUACAGCCAAGUAAAUGGCAGCAGCUUUGGGUGUUACAAAGGCAUCUUUGUACAUGCCAGCUGUUCCACUCAGUGCUCACAUCAGGCCAUUUAAUUUACUGCACCCAAGAAAUAUUUUGAACAGAAAUACGGGAACAUUGAAAGUAUUAAGAAUAGCACUGCCCGUCAUAAACAACAUCAUCCUCCACCAAUUUGUGCUGCAGGCACAUGUUUGGUUGUGUGCAUUAAUGACAAGAACAAAUCUAAUCAAGUGGACACUCAGCACUAAGUAUAUAUAACCAAAUAAUUUCAUAUCCAUGAUUACAAUCACAGCUGGGCUAUAGUGGGUCCCUAGUGUGCAUAUUUUCAAGCUAGCACCUGUCUUCCUGAACCAUAUUGUGCCAUAUACAGAGCAAAAUACAUUCCCAAAUUUACAGAGGAAUAUUCAGACAAAAUUAAACAAACAGGUAAAAAAAAUAAAAGUACAAUUAAAUGUGGCAAUAAAUAGUUACAACCAACAUUAAAUGUUAGUAUAAAUAAUUAAAUGUGUCAUAGAAAAUAAUUUUGUUGCAUUUUUUUAUGCAUUUAUUUAUUUCUUCAUUUAUUUAUUUCAGUGACACUUCAUGCAACAUGAAAAUAAAAAGUCCUGAAGUGAAAACUUUUACUUGUCAAAGUUGAGCGGGCAGGUACUAGCGAGUUCUGUUUUUUCAUUGGUGAAUCACUGGCAGAGUGGGAGUAAACCUUCAAGUGCCAUCAAGAGUCACAUUUACAGGAAACACUUCAGAUGCAGACUCCUAAUGAUUAAUUUGAAUUAAAAUGGCUGCUUUGUACAGUAAUUCUGGGAAACUUGUAUCUGACGUGCAGAGUCACAACUUCAAAUGAGAACUUGAGCCACAGGGUCCCAAAGUCAAGCAAAGCGCAUACAUCCACUCUGCGGAUGACUCACAACUCAAAAAAAAAAAGAGUGCUUGGUAGAGCCAGCCCACCUUCUCAACUUUGAUGAGUGAAAAGUGACAGUUUUCAUUUCUGGGCUUAUUUCUUGUUGUGUGGUGUGUCACUGAAACAAGUAAGUGAAGAAAUAAUUCAAUAAAUGCAUAAAGAAAUUAGUAACCAAAACCUAUUUUGUUACAAAAUUAGUAACCAAAACCUAUUUAAUACUCACAUUUCAUGUUGUAAUUAUUUAUUUAUUGUCCCAUUUCACAGUACUUUUAUUUAUUUGCAUAAUUACUUAUUUAUUUUACUUUUUUAUUUUUACAUUUGUAGACUUCUUUUACUUUUUUUAAUUGUAAGUGGUUGUCUCAAGUGAGUGAGUAGUGAGUAGUACAUCAGGUUAAAUUUUACUUGACAAUUGUGUGCAAUUUAAAAAAUCAGUAAGCGUGUCAAAAAAUUCUGAUCAUUGUCUGUAUCUGUUAUCCAUAUUUAAACAGCAGUCUUGGCCUGUCACUUUUCAGAACAAUGGGGAGCAAGACUCUUUGACACUGGGCUAUCUGUAAUACUUUGCAUAUCUUUUCUUAAAACUUGAAGUGAAUGAGUUAAAAAUAUUUUACCUACACAGUAGUGCCUUAAUUAGUCAGUCUACUGUAUUUCUGUAGCGGUGUUGUAAAUUUAAUCACAUCAUAUUGUUUUCAGUGUUAUCCUUACAUGAAAUAUAAAGAAAAAUGUAAACCCUGGCAAUGAAGCCAAAUGUAAGAAAUGCUUUCCUCUUUUUAUCAUCUAACUGAAGCCAGUAGUUUAAUCUUUGUUUUCCACCAUCUGUGCAUUUCCGUAAUUGUUCUUCACUGAACAACUGUAAACUGCAGUUCUUGAGGGAUGUUCUGGUAGCUUCAGACAGUAUUCAGACCUUCACAUUUCGCUCUGUUCUAGCCUUUUGCUAAAAUCACUUGAAUUAAUUUUUCCCUCAUCAAGCAACACUCAGUAACCCAGAAUGACAAAGCAAAAACAGAGUUUUAGAAUUUUUUUGCAAAUCUAUUAAGAGUGUCAGAAAAUCCCCACAUCCACGUGUGUGACGUUUGUUGCGUCAGACCUAACAAGACUUCAGGCUGGAGUUGUCACCAAAGGGGCUUCAACUAAGUACUUUCAGGUAUGAAUGAGGCUUUAGAAAUCUCAGGAUCUUGAAAGCACAUUGUGUCCCCUUUGUCCCCUGAGAUCUUGCAACCCUGAGCCUUUUGUUGCUUUCAAAGACCAGUGCCAUUUAUAAAGCAUCUCAGAAUUAUUCCUAGGAAUUGCACUAAUAGUUUGACUAGGAUAAGAAUUUGUCCUACCUCAAAGUAGGACAUGAGAGUUGAAGCAUCCUGCACCAACUCACAGCAAAGAGUUAGUACCGAGUUUGGGUUUGCACACUUGUGUCAAACUGAUAUUUCAUUUUUUGUUAUAUAAAAUACAUUUAAAUAAUUUUACCACAAGGCUGUAACAUAACAAAAUGUGAAAAAAGUGAAGAGUUGUGAGUAUUUUCAGAAGGCAGAGUAUUUUUUGGAUAGGUCAACUUCUGAUAUUCCGAGCUUUGAAAAUGAGGAUCGGAAUCAGAUACAUUCAGAUGUUUUUAAACAUUUUAACACUUUCCAGGAGUGAACUUACAGUGUUUGAAACCAGAUUCUAACCAAAUAUAGACUUUUGUUCUUUUAAUUUGUUUCUAAAUAAUAUAUUCUUGUAACAACAGCUGUGAGGAGCCGAGUUCUUUAAAGAAAUACACCUCUGAAAAUUGGUAUUUUUUAAAGAUUUUUACCCCAUGUGCUUUGCUGUGGUUACUGAGGAAAUUGUUUAAACUCAUAUUUUCAGGCAGAAUGGAGAGAAAGUGUUGAUGAUGUAACAGAAGCCAGUCAUGACCAAUGCUGCACAAUAGCAAAUAAUGUGAAAAGUGCCCAUGGUCAGGAAAAAAACAAAAAAACAAAACAAAACAAAUGUUACUUGUGCCGCACAAUCCACAUGUCACUUAUCCAAUUUGUAUCACGAAAAUGUUCGAAACGCAUGCUGUUUUGCUAAAACAUUGUUAAAUAGUUAUUUCAGGAAUAAUUUGUGAACAUCAUAAACAUGAAACUAAAACUCAUGGGAUUCACCAUUUGAAUUAAAGUCAUGCAGAACUGAAAGAGAAAAGUCUGAUGUAGAAGAAGCAAAUAGUGACCAAUGCUGUACAAGAGUAUGAAAAACGUUCAUGGGAUUGAUUUUUUUAAUUGAAGAGCCACCUCUCCCCCUUAAUCAUUACUCAAGUGUCUUGUCUUAAAUUCAAAAAGUAACUCCCAUGAGUCUUAGUUUCAUGUUUAGGAUGUUCGCAGGUUAUUCUGGAAGUAACUAUUUAACAGUAUUUUAGCAAAAAAGCUGAAGUUUUUCACAUUUUGAUCAUACAAUUUGGAUAACAGGCAUGUGAAUUAUGCAAAACAAGUAACGUGAGAUUUUUUUUUCUUUUUUCCGUAGACAUUUUUCACAUCAUUUGCUGUUGUAAGGUAUUGGUCACUACUGACUUCUAUUAUGUCAAAAACUUUUUUUCUCUCCAUUAUGCAUGAAACAAUGAGAUUAAAAGUUUUUCUGGAGCACCACUAUAAACUAUGGGUUAAGUAACAUAUUAAAAAAUUUAUCAUUUUUGUGUGGGGAAUUUCUUUAAAUGGCCCUCUUUUGAGUCUGGAAACCUUUGUGUAAGCAUAUUAAAAAGAAAGACCAUUUCAACCAUGCAUGGUUGUAUAAAAUUAUAUUCAGUUCUGUUUAAUUUAUUUUGUAUAGAGUAUUGGCUGAGUGCUUAAACUUAUUUAUAACUAUAAUGCACAAAAAGUGAAUUAAUAAAGUAUGAGACAUCUAUAUUCAAAAUUUAAUUAUGCUAAGCACCUUGCAAUUAAGAAUUUGUAUAAAUGUUAAUAAUACAAACAGAUCAUGAGAUUAUUAAAUCCCUCAGCAUUAAGAUGUAGGUAUUUAAUGAUGGAGGAGAAAAAAAAACUGUCCUCCAUAUCAUUACUGGGUAAAAAUAAACCUGGGAACUGGGAGAAGGAGGUUCCACAGCUGGUUGGAAGAAACAAAGUGACAGUUCUAAUGUCCAACUCCGAACCUGGAGGGCUGCAGCGCACCUUCUCACCACUUUCUCAACAGUGACCAAUUUCUGCUGUUAACCGACAUCUUCUCCCUUCAUUGAAAUUGCUGUGUUUUUAAGGCUCAGUCCUCUUUAUUGCUUACUUUUUCUUUAAAUGUCAGCCAAGUAAAAAUAAGAUGUGAAGUGAGCCAGCUAAGUCCGGGCCUCAGACUCCAACCAAUUUCACGCUAACCAGUUUCUUAAUUAGAAGCCAAUUCUUGUUGUUAAUUAAACCCUUUAUUUAAUUCUAUGAAUUGUAGCUGCUAUCAUUCUGCUACAGCAGACAUUUCUAAAACUGUUGAUUUUCUUCAAUCUAAGAGCAAUGUUUUGAUGACUAGAACAGGUCAAUAUUACUGGGACCGUUACUUUUCUUUUUUUACAGAUACUGUAUGAUGGAUACAGGUUAGCUGGUCACAUAUUGGCUCAUUUUGUAUCUAAUGAUUGUUUGUCUGCUAAUAUAGGAAAAAAGAAAGAAUUAAGGGGACUGAGUCUUUAAAAGCAAGUCAGUUAAGUUAAGACAAAAGAAGUGAAACAGAAGCAAAAACGUGUUACUAAUUAAGAAAAUGGUUCUAAUGAAAACAUGCAGCCUCUGUUGCACUCCAGGAUUGGAGUUGGACACCCUCAGCCAUGGUCCUCACCUGGCCAAGGAGAGGGAAAUCAUUCCUGGGCAAACCUUGAUAAUAAACAAUUUUAGGGGAUAAAAUGAAUUACCAGAUAUCUGCCUUAUUAUGCUUCAUAAGAUAUUGUUCCAAACCAUUUCCCAUAAACACACUGUGUGGGAGACUCAUUUCAGAUUCAGACCUUUCAGAUAUUCUGAUUGCAACAUUCAGAGUGUAUGUUGCAGAAAAUGGUUGUCUCAAUCAUUGGUCAGAUAGACCUACAUUGUAUGAAAAAUGACUGUAAAAUGAAUUGUCAAGAUUAAGUCAUCAGAAAGAAAAUGCCUUCUCAACAUAAGUAAUUAAGCAAUAUUAUAUAUGUUAUAAAUGUUUUUUUCUGACAGCAGAAAGUACAAUAUGCAACUGAAAUUUUGUAGUGUCUGACCCACCUGCACUAUAUUUUUUAAUUGGUACUACUUCUGCCUGUGUGUUCAAAUUACUGGUUAGCUAAAUGUUUUACAUGACUUUUUAAAAAAAUUAAGACUUGCGAGAUUGCUGUUUAUGUUACUAAAAAAAUAAGGAAAAUUGAAAGGCUUUUAAUCUGUAAUGUCAGAGUCAUGCGUUAAACUGAUUAAACAUUUCCUAAAAUACUGGGCAAUUAUCUUGAUUGAAAAGUAAUUAUUAAAAAUAUGCUUGAAUAAACUAUAAUGAUUUUUAUUUUUACAUUGUCCAACUGUGUAUUCUAGACAUUACUGGAUGUAAAUAUUUUUGAUGGUUGAUAAAACAGUGUAAUCAACCCAUAAAACAUAUCAAUAAAAUUAAAACUAUG